CUCUGAUCAACUUCCUAACGAAACGAGACUUGAGUCCAGAAGAUGGCGGUAAUGCAACACUGAAGAUGCCAGCUAACGUCAAGCCACAAAGAAGAAGUAGAAGAAGCAGAGAACAGAGUCGAGUACUAUAAAUGAUUAUAGCUAAUCGUGGACACGUCUGUAAACAGACCAGCAUGAGCAGUUUUAGUAGACCCGACAGACACAAGACACCAUCAUUCACCAGGGCAACACACCUUGGAGCAUCCAAGUCUGACCUGGAGAGAGAUUCAGGCUUCUCAGAUGCCAGCUCCGAGUACCUCAGCACAGUUGAUCUGACUGACUCCAAAGAAGCAAGAAGGCAUGGGACGAUUGUCAACCAGGACGCGACAGGUCCGCAGGUGGCUGUGAUGGGAGGCUCCUAUGCUGGAUUGUCUCCACUAAUCAUCAUGAGUAACUUUGUCUUAAACCAGUCAUCUCCAAUGGCUCUAGCAGAAAAUCAGUGGGGCUUUCCUUCUGCCUUGGAAGCGAUGCCUCAGUCACAGGUGGUUCUUCUCCAACCCAUGGUACCAAAUGGUAACAGCAGCAGCAACAGCUCCUCAAACACUGGCUCUGAAAAUAUUGAAAAAGCAAAAAGCUACCUGCCCAUUCUGAAGUCAUAUCCAAGAAUUGCCCCCCACCCAGUGGCAGUGCACACCAGUAGAUUAGGAUCCUCCAAGGUGAGGGUAAGUUCAACAUCCGGAUAUGAGAAGCGGCAGAGGAGGCAACACCAUUGCAACAAGCUCCACAGUUCUCCCAUCCCACAGCCAGCACCGAUGACUACAAUCAAACCCAUCUCACACUUUGAAGCAGCAAACGACCAAUCAAAGCCAGCCGAGGGUCAAGAGUCUCUAUCCCUGCUGACAGGGACCGGCUCCCUGCUCCCCUACACAGAUGAAUUCAGGACCGAUACUGACAGUAACAGAAUCGAUGUGGACCAGGAAGACGCACUGUCAUUGGACAGUAACAAACUGAAGCGUUUCAGCAAUACCUACAACAUUCUCAACAAAUCUGGCUUGCUGGGGAUCACCCUGCGCACAAAGCAGCUGAUGAAGGAGAAUAAGCGCACCCAAUGCCAGCUGCAGCAGCUUCAGGCGCAGACGGCUCUCCUGCUGGAGACUCUUGGCAGCAGGGACCCGCAGCUCUGGACUAAACUGCUGCUCUCUGUGCAGCUCACAGACGAGGAGCAAAGUGGGGAUAAAGCUCAGGGAGUCCUGGCGUAAUACAUAUCGCAGAACAUGAACAGCAGCUCUCUAUUAGGGGGUCACAAAGUGAAAACCUGAAGUCAAAUAUUUAAGAUGAAAGCUGUCUUUGGGUAAUAUACUGUCACUGCAGUAUACCAUUUAAAUUAAACAAAAAUCAAUAAACAAUACCUAAUGUGUUUGUCCAAACAGAACAGUCAUCUUAACAUUUAGAACUACUGAUCUGAUUUGGAGCUGAAGCACAAAUAAAUACAAAGGUAAACCGAGUUGAGAAGCAUGCCUGCAUUUCAUACCCUUGCCUAUAAUGACAUUUCUUUCAAAUAUAGCAAGUAUAACUUGCUAUAUGGCUAUGGCUUUUAUAUGUUUUAACUCUUAAAUGCCUAAAAUGCAUGUAUAGAUCACAUGUAAGAGAACAUGGGGUCAAACCAUAAUACUUGCCCUGAAUGUGAUUUCUGUAGAGAAAAUAUUAGCAUCAUUUUAAACCCUGUGUGGAUACAUGUGGCCUGUAUUUCAAUUUCCUUUUAAUGAGAUCUUCAAUGAAGAAUGAUGGUCCAUUUUUCCAAGUCAACUUCUUUUGUUUUUUAAAUUGAAGUGAAAAAGCAGAGGCCUCCUUUUGUAAGAAAGUGUACAUACCAUCAGCUUGUAUUCUCAAACAGCUGGAUAGCUCGUAGUGAGAGUUCAGGGCGCUGGAAAAACCAUAACAUUUUUGUUACUUGGUGUUAUAAUAUUUAUUUGUAGAAAGGUUUCUGAUCAAUACUAUUGUCUGUGUGUAUACUUUAAAAAAAACAAGCACAUUAGCAUUUUAACUCAAGAUUUCUACUUCAAUUGUUAAGCAAUUCCAUUUUUUGAAAUAUGUCUUUUAAGAACUAAGUAGGAAUUUGCAAAAACUAAAACUAGCAGGUGAAGUGCAGUAGCAAUAUAUCCUUGCUUUACUUUGCAUAUGUUGCUGCCAUUUUCAUUCCUGCUGCUUAAGCUUGCAUAUAAUUGAAACAACAUGGUUUCAUAUUACUGACUCUUGCACUUUAAUUAUAAGAUUACUGACAACUUUUUAGAUGCACUUAUUCCUAAAAGAUUAUUCUGUCUGCUUCUGAUGAAGCGAUGUUAAUAUAAAUGUUUAUCCGGAUUCCUGUGCCUUUUUGAAUGUAAUCAUGUUUGCACUUUAUAUCCUUGCUUGAGGAGGUUAGGGUGUAAGCUUAUAAAAUACUUAAGCUUAUAGAAUACUUAUAGGUAUCCAAAGAAUUCAUACUCUUCUCUAAAACAAUGAAUCAAACCCUGGAAAGGUGAUGCACUAAGAUUUGAUGUAUAAAGAAUUGCAUGAAGACAACUUGAGUGUUCGAUUGUACCAUUUUAAACAUUAAAUCAAGGUUUAUUAUUGUAUUGUUUAUUUUAGUAACGUGCUACUAUAUCAAUGUUUUUCUUCACAUGUACAGUUGUAAGUCUAAGAAAUAAUAGUGUAAUGGGAAGAGUGUUCUUUUUCUUUUCUGUCACAAAUGUCACAAUAAUGGCUGUCCUAAAACUCUGAUAAAAAACUGUUGAAAGACCAUUUA